GGGGGAUCCAUCCAUGGUGAUGAUGGGGCAGCUGGGGAAGCUGGUGGACGGGCUCAGGUCCAAGAUGCGGGCCGGUGGCGGCGGGAAGAAGAAGGCGGCGGCGGCGGCAUACCAGCAGAUGGGCAAGACGGACAGCAUGAGGGUGGAGAUCAAGAGCCGGCAGGCCCAGAAGCUCAUCGCCAAGAACCUCGUCGCCGCCGACUCCAUGGGCCGCCGCAGGAGCAGGAACAAGCGCUUCUUCCUCGCCUUCUGAUCACCAGAGCUAGCUGCCCGUCUUCUUCUUCUUCUUCACAAAGAAGAGAUGCCCUGCCCUAUGUCCUAACCGGUGAAGUUUAGUGCUAGCAUAUGCGUACGGUUGCAUAGUGGAUGUAAAGAAAGCAAACAGCAAAGCCCUCCGGCCGCUACCACCCGUAACCCCACAUGCGAAUGAUGUAGCCGCCGCACACAGUUGGUGAUAUGUAUCUAUCUAUCUCUAUCUCACCCGUAAAC